AUGAUGAAAGACCUCACUUCUGUACCCUUCGCCUCUUUGCUCAAAGCACAACGUGCACUUCGCAAAACGAACAAAAACGAUAUCAUCUCUGAACCUCAUACAUCUUCAUCGAAAGACAAGAAAGUGGAAAGGAUUAAAGCUCGACUAGCUACUCUACAAAAGACUAAAGGGAAAGCUGCUCUCGUUCCCUUGGAAGCAAGAGGAUCCGAAUCACCUUCUGGUUCAGGUUCGGAAGAUGGUGGAUCCAAUCUUCAAGAUCGGAUCAAGAGGGGUAACAAGCAUGCACCAGCAGCGAUGAGUACGAAAAGACAGGUUUCUCGUAUACGUAAAGUUGUCGACGUAGCAAAGACGGAAAGACGCGAUCCCAGAUUCUCUUCCGUCUCAGCUGGACGUGUUGAUCCUCAUCUUCAUUCCAAAUCAUACGAUUUCUUACCCGAUCUAUUGAAAGACGAAAUGGCCAUACUUCGUACCGCACUCAACACCGCCGUCAAGGCCGAAAGAAAUUGCCCUUGGAGUGAGAAGACAAUACGAACUGCGGAGAGAGAGAGGAUCGAACGUGACCUGGGACAAUUACGCACGAAAAUGGACAGGACGCAGAGAGAGGCGAGAGAAAGACAGGUGUUGGCUGAGGUUAAGAGAGAGGAACGUGAAAAGAGGGAGAAAGGAAAGGGAGCUUGGUAUUUGAAGAAAUCUGAAAAGCGAGAUUUACUACUGAAGAGUCGGUAUGAAGCUCUGGAGAAGGAAGGUGGGAAGGGACGUGUGAAGAAGGUUUUAGAAAAGAAGAGGAAAAAGGUGGCUCAGAAAGAGAAGAAGAGUAGACCAUUUGCACCCUCAAAGAAACCUCGUACAGCCUAG